AAAAAAGUUAUGCACGGCGCCGGAGCGUGCGAUUGCGCCCCACUGGCAAGCGGGUCCCGAAGUCAGCGAUGUGCGGCAUAGCCCUCGUCCUAUCCGGCGACUGCCUAGUCGUCUCCCCCUCCACCGCCGCCGCCGCCGCCGAAGCCGCUGCAUCCGGAACACCGUUCUCCGACGAGGGGAAGGGCGUGUCCGUGGGUGAGCUCAAGGAGGCCCUGCGGCGGCGAGGCCCGGACAGCCUUGGAUGCCAUAGGCUCCACCUUUGCGCGGCGGACAGCAGCAUCGUAGGUGCUACAGAUGGCGUAGAUUGUGACGGUGGAGACGGGGUUGGUGGUGGUGUUGGUGCCACGGAGUUGUGCUUCAUUGGCGCGACACUGCAGCUCAGGGGAGCUGAGCCGGUUUCGCAGCCACUGGUGGCGCAAUCAGGAAGUGUUCUAGUGUAUAAUGGUGAGAUAUAUGGAGGAAUUAACAUUGCCAAUGAUCAGAAUGACACACAAUCACUCUUGUCUUCACUGGAAUCUUGCUGUUGCUGUGACCUCCAUGUUGCUGAUAGAGAUGAAGCAUACCCUUGCCGUGAGAGCGUAGGGAAAUCAGUUCCACAGAUCCUCUCCACUAUUAAAGGACCAUGGGCUUUGAUAUACUGGCAGGCAGACUCAAAAACAUUGUGGUUUGGCCGGGAUGCAUUUGGGAGAAGAAGCCUGUUGGUACAUUGGCCCACUCCUGAUGAUUCACGCUUUAUAUUAUCAUCAGUAUCACCCCCUUCGUUUUCAAGGAAUAACUCUGCAACAGAAGUAAAUGGUUUGGAGGCAGGAGCAGACCCUGAUUUUUCUGACCAUACCAAAGUUAGCUACUGGGAAGAGCUUCCUUGUGGGAUAUACAGCAUUCACCUGAAAGACCUUGAUAAUAAUGCCGCAUGUACGAGGGAAGGAUGUGUCGUCGAAGUUAGAAAACAUGAUUGGACGGAUUCUUCGUUGCAUACGUUAAUACGAUGGGAGAGACAAUCAACAGUUCCUACUGUGGAUGGCUUGGUUUCGGCCAUGGGUUCUGUUGACAAAGGGAACCAUCACUUGUCUUCGUGUUUCAGAGAAGCUGAAGACAGUACAAGUAAUGGGUUUGAGAAAAGAGAUCUCCCAUCAGAUAUUUGCCUAUCUCCAGCACAUAGAGUAUUAAUUGCACUAAGGGAAUCUGUAAUGCUGCGAACCAAUGUGAACAUACUGUAUCAGGGUGAUCUGAAUAAACUCAAGGAAGCGGAGUUGGCCCCGAUAGCAAUCCUUUUCUCUGGUGGCUUGGACUCCAUGAUACUUGCAGCAUUACUAGACCAGUGCCUUGAUUCCAAAUGGACAAUUGAUUUGCUGAAUGUCAGUUUUGAUGGGCAGCUAGCUCCAGAUAGAGUUUCUUCACUGGCAGGACUGAAGGAGCUUCAGAGAAUCUCCCCUCUGCGGAGAUGGCGUCUUGUUGAGAUUGACAGUAAUUUGGCCAACUUGAAAGAGGAAAGUGAACACGUGAUGUCACUGAUAUACCCUUCAAAUACCUAUAUGGAUUUGAACAUUGGUAUAGCCCUAUGGUUAGCUGCUAGCGGGGAUGGUUGGGUGAAUGGGCAAGAUGGUGAUCGCUACAAGCACAAGUCAACAUCUAGAGUCCUUUUAGUCGGUUCUGGAGCUGAUGAGCAGUGUGCUGGUUAUGGUAGACAUCGUACUAAAUAUAGAGUUGGAGGAUGGGUUUCACUGGACGAGGAAAUGAGACUAGAUGUGCAAAGAAUUUGGAAAAGAAACAUGGGAAGAGACGAUAGGUGCAUUUCUGACCAUGGCAAGGAGGCUCGUUUUCCAUUUCUUGAUGAGAGUGUGAUCAGAACAUUGUUGGAAAUUCCACUAUGGGAUAUCGCUAAACUUGAUGAACCUGUGGGGAAGGGUGAUAAGAAGAUUCUGAGAGAGGUUGCAAAGCUGCUGGGUCUACAAGAAGCUGCUUUUCUGCCAAAGCGAGCAAUCCAGUUUGGUUCGAGAAUAGCAAGGGAAUCAAACCGCAAGAACUUUGGCAGCAACCGAGCCGCGAACCUGGCGUCAGCAGGCAGCGUGGAGGUCCACAAGCGUAACCACUGACGGGGCAAACAGACCUAAAUCGACGUGCCAGAUGCUGCAUUGCCACAUGUUCCCAGCGGCAUGGAUGCCGGUGAUCGGUCCGGUUCCUCUGUUCAGUUCAUCCUGUUAUGGGUUGUAGUCAUGUUGGCAUGAAGCAUGCCAAUGCUGUAUCACUGGCUGUUCAGCCAUGAAAAUUUUGUUCUUUCUCAUACCGUCUUGUUCAUUGCAACCAUGGAUAACAGAACAGAAUCUAGUUUUCAUUUUACCAGUUUAUGUCUGUACUAUUUUUAUUUUUUUUUGAGGCAAAUGUAUGUACUAUUUUAGUUUUUUUUGAGGCAAAUGUCUGUACUAUUUUA